AUGGACUCGAGUUACAUGGCAGAUAGUGAUCGCGUGGUAAAUCAUCUUGCCAAUAUGGCGGCGCUAUCAGGAAAAGAAAAAAAUUGGUCGAUUUGCUCUUCAGGUACACAGAGACCUUUUGACUCGCUAACGACCAGCGCGUCGCACGCCAGCGCUGUACCGCGUCCAAGCGAACGAUUUGUCAAAGUGUUUGAUGAAUUUCUAACUGACAAUCAGACGGAAUGUAGCGACCGUAGCAGCGAGCUGAGUUCUGAAUCAGUCGAGCCAAGACCAGAAAAAACGGCUGAGGAGGACACGUACUCCCCUGUGAUAGCCUCUGUCGAGUUUCUGAUGAGUCGAGUUCCUGAGGAUGAAGAGAAAGAGCUUGAUGUUAAGUCGGACAGAGACAAGGCGCAUUUUUACAAGAAGAGGUAUACAGACACGUACGAGCACGCGGUAGCGCUUUUGAAGCACGCAGCAUCGCUGGAGCGCGAACGAAACGAAAAACAGACUGAUCUCGAGUAUUUGAGGUCCACCAUUGGGACUCAAACGCAGAUAAUUAAUACUUUGGGAGAUAGCAAGCACCUGAAUGAGCCCGCAGAUUUUCAGCAGGAGAAAAGGAUUCAGGCGCUAUGCCGUGAAGUCACCGGACUGGUGAUGCAGCUGAAUGAGCGUGAUACUCUCAUUCAUAGUUUGCACGAAGAACGUGAUCGGUCAGCAAAAGUCAGCAACGAGUUCAAGAUGUCGCAAGGUCUCACCUCUAGCGACGUGAGUGAAAACGUGCGAUCUAAUUGCAAACUCACUCGCGUGGAGCUGGAGCUGGAGGCUGCCCGAUUUGAAAAGCGGGAAGCACUUGAGCGUGAAUCAAAGGCGUCUUUUCAAUUAAACGAAAUGAAGAAGCUUUACGAGAAAUGUGAGGCUGCGCGGUCAGCACUGUCCGACGGACUUGAUCGAGCCCAAGAGCAAACGACUGCGCUACAUGCUCAGUGGGUGAGGGAAAAGAAAGAAAUUCUGUCUUCAGCCAAAAACGAGUGCGAGCGACUUCGCGAGGAAAUCGAGACUCUGAAGAAUUCUCUUUUUCAGGUUUCAGAGGAUGAGAAGAAAGCUCUUUUGACGAUCGAAUUUCAACAGCAGGCAGCCAGCAAAUCUCAGACACAAGUUGCGCGACUCGAAAGUGAAUUGGAGAUAUCGCGACGGCAAUUAAGUGUGCUUCGUGACAAGAAGGCAAGAAUAUGGACGGUUGAAAAUGAAUUGUCUGAAGAAAGAAAGAAGCUUCGACGCUGCUUACUGCAUGUGGGUGAGCUCGACGAGAAGUUGAAGGAGAAAGAAGUUGAGCUGCAAGCCGCGAAUGCGUUAUUUCGAAUGCGUGCUGAUUUAUUGGAGCGACGAGUUAAUGAUGCCGAAGCAGUUCGAAGAACCCUUCAUAAUAAGGUGAUGGAGUUGAAAGGCAACAUUCGCGUUUUCUGUCGCGUCCGUCCUGUUCUGCUGCACGAAGUUGCCAGUGCGAGGGAGGAAGAGAUUUUUGCAUUUCCUGAUUAUUGCAGGGAGCGACGGCAGAUCGAACUUAGCGCAAAUCCAAAGUCCCACAUUGGUUAUGGCCAGAAUGGAUCAAGAAGUGUCGUUAAAAAAUACAAUUUCGAUUUCGAUUUGGUAUUCGGCAGUAGCUGCACGCAAGAAGAUGUCUUUUUGGAAGUAUCUGCGCUGAUCCAGUCUGCAUUAGAUGGAUUUAAAGUGUGCAUUUUUGCCUACGGACAAACUGGAUCCGGUAAAACUUUUACUAUGCAAGGCAAAGAAGAUAUGCAUGACAUUCAGAUCGUGGAAGUAUCACCAGACAUGGGGAUCGUUGGUCGGGCGAUUUCUUAUAUAUUUGCUGGCAUGAAUGACUUACGGACGAGCGGGUGGGAGUUUACUGCCAGCCUCCAAUCGGUUGAGAUUUACAACGAAACACUUCGUGACUUACUUGCACCCAUUGAGUCCACUGAUAAGAUUGAUCUUCGCCUAGACAGCGAGGGAAAUUUUGACGUCGUAAAUUCAUUCAUUCAAAGAGUGAAAAAUGCCCAGGAGGCAUGGAACUCAAUUCAGGGAGCGAUGUCUAGGAGGUCUACUAAAUUCACAAAAAUGAACGACCGAUCUUCACGCAGCCACUGCGUCAUCACGAUCAGACUAAACGGCGUGAGCCAUUUGACUGGAAAAGAACGGACCGGUGUCAUUAAUCUCGUAGAUUUGGCGGGAUCCGAACGCCUACCGAAGUCGGGAAGUGAUAGUAGUAAAGAGCUCAUGAAAGAGGCAACUUCAAUUAAUAAAAGUCUUUCGGCUUUGGGCAACGUAAUUUGUGCUCUCGCGAAAAAGUCGACACACGUUCCAUUUCGCGACUCAAAACUUACACACUUUCUCAGUGCCUCACUUGGUGGAGACAGCAAGACGCUUAUGAUUUGCAAUCUUUCACCGCUGGGGAAACACCGUGACGAGACGCUGAAUUCACUUCGUUUCGCUAAAAUGGUAAAUUCUUGCGAGAUUGUUUUUCCCUCAACGAUAUCCAACCGAUCGUAA